AUGGGCUCCCAGCCGGUGCAAGGGCUGCCCCUCCUGCCGGGCUCCUCGUUCCGGGACGCCACGAAAACUGCUUUUCAUCGCUCUCAGACUCUAAAUUACAAGAACGGGUUUGCCUUUAAGCGACUGCCGACGGUGGGGAUAGGACGGGAGCGGCUUCACGUCAACCAGCUAUCCCAGGCUGAAUUAGAUGAACUAUCCAACAAGAGACCAACACUGACCUAUGGCCAGCCCAAGCAAGCUCUGCCUUCCGACUUCAUCCCAGCACACGUGGCUUUCGACAAAAAGGUGCUGAAGUUCAAUGGUUACUUUCAAGAAGACGUCCCCAUAUCUACCGAAGAGCAUUUCCGCGUCCGGCAAGUGGGCAUUUAUUACUACCUGGAAGACGACAGCAUGUCUGUCAUGGAGCCCAUUGUGGAAAACUCGGGGAUUCCUCAGGGCAAGUUCAUAAAGCGGCAGCGCCUGCCCAAGAACGACCGCGGGGACCAUUAUCAUUGGAAAGACCUCAACCGAAGCAUCAACAUCACCAUCUAUGGCAAGACUUUCCGGAUAGUCGACUGUGACCCGUUCACGCAGACUUUUCUGGAGAGCCAGGGGAUUGAACUGAACCCCCCGGAGAAAAUGAUUUUUGACCCUUACACAGAGCUGCGCAAAAUGCCCCUGCGCAUGUACGUCACGCCCUCCGAUUUCGAUCAGCUGAAACAAUUCUUGGCCUUUGACAAAAAGGUCCUUCGUUUCUAUGCCAUAUGGGAUGACACCGUAAACAUGUUCGGCGAGAGCCGGCGUUUUAUCAUUCACUACUACUUAGCAGACGAUACUGUGGAGGUGCGGGAAUGCCACGAAAAGAAUAAUGGCAGAGACCCUUUCCCUGUGCUGAUAGGACGCCAACGCCUGCCCAAGAAAAUUGUGGAGAAAAAAGACACCUUCCCGACUUGCGUGCUGGAGAUCUCUGAUCAAGAGGUCCUGGAAUGGUUUACCGCUAAAGAUUUUGCGGUAGGCAAGUCCGUCACUCUUCUCGGGCGCACUUUCUUCCUCUACGAUUGCGACGAGUUCACUCAACGGUUCUAUCGGGACAAGUUCGGCAUCAGUGACUUCCAGCCGGUUGAUAUCAAGAAGCCGCCCCCAGAGGAAGUGAAGCAGGUCAUCCCUCCCUACAAUGGUUAUGGCUUCGUCGAAGACUCUCUCCAGAACUGCUUCAGCCUGAUUCCAAAGCCACCGAAGAAAAACAUCAUCAAGAUGCUCCAGAAUGACCACAAAGUGUUGCGUUACGCCGUCACCAUGGAGUCUCCAAAUCCGGAGGACAGAAAGCGACGCUUUGUCCUCUCCUAUUGCCUCGCCACAGACAUGAUGAGCAUCUACGAGCCUCCCAUGCGCAAUUCGGGAAUCAUUGCGGGCAAAUACCUGGGCAAGACCAGGGUCCCGAAGCCCGGCUCCAACACAGACAGCCCCAUUUACUAUGAACCAGCUGACCUCACAAUUGGAGCCAUGGUGGAAGUGUUUGGCCACCGUUUUGUGAUCACCGACGCUGAUCUGUACGUCCUGCAUUACAUAGAAAGCAACCUGGAGAGCUUCCCAGCAGCCGUGGUCCAAUCGAUGCGGGAUCACUUCGCCCCUCGCCAGGAGGCAACGGAGGCAAUAAAGAGGCUGGAGCGAAGCGAGCCCGACGAGCAGGAACUAGAGGCGGUUGUGGCUGAGAUGCGGGAGCACCUGCAGCGGCACAAUUACCUGCCAGACAGUGGCUUGCAGGAAGCGUUCCUGCAACAAGACAGAGACGGCUCAGGGCUCCUGGACAAGGCUGGGUUCUUCAAUCUCUGCGAACACUUCAAAGUGCCUGUUGACGACCCGCUUUUCCAGAAGCUCAUCAGCCUUUGUUCUCACGGAGAAAGCCAGAUAAAAUAUCCCAGCUUUCUCCGAGUUUUCCAGUGCUGAUCGUCACGAAAGGUAAAG